GCUCGCCACGUGAAGAGGUAUCUGUUGUGCCUCUUUCUGUUACCACCUUGUGGGAGUGUUCAUGCUUACCAUCAAGAGCCACUGACUUACACCACGUAGUGCCGCAAAGUUAUAACGAAAGUGAUAGAUCAGGGUCUGUAAAUGGACGUGUAUAAAUGCUAGUUAUACCUUCUAGUGGUCAUUACAAGCAGUAAAACAGUACUCGUGCUGACUGGAAAGUGCAGAGGUGAAUGCCAUCCAUUGGCCAGUGUAUGGGGCUCAUGACGAUGAGUGCUGGACAUUGUAUUGCAGCUUACAUUAUAUUUUUUGUUGAAUUAUGAUUUAAAGUUGUAAAGCACCUAACUGCACACGUGUGCGUCGACCACUCGAUGGUAAUAUUGCCUUCAUGGCAUCAUGAAACAGGAUUUUCACAAAAACAAUCAUACGUGCUUGGAUUCACAAAAAGGCAUGAAACAUAUUAAUGUUAUAUGAAUGUGUCUCGGGCUAGCUUUACGUUACGGAGGAGAAAGUAGUGAUAACAAUCGUGUGGAAGUGAGGAAACGUGAGGUGCUUAUGUGGAUAAGCUUGGUGGCACAGCUUAAGUGGAAACUGACAGUGUGAUGAAAAUAGGGAGGCAUUACCCACUUUGAAUGAUAUGCCUCUAUACUUAGGAAGUGGAGUGUAGGAUUACGAACGUUAGUUUUUUUCUAAUACCUAAACUUUGUGGUGUCAUGAACCUCAUCACAUGGGUAACAAACUUCAAGCUGUGAUAAUGGUGCAUUAAUGGAAUGUCUUAGAUCGUUAUUUAAUAAGUGAAUCUCAGGAAGUGAAUAGUACAUCUCAAAUACCCAAAAGUUGCAUCAGCAAAUCUCACGUAGCUUCCUAAUACAAAAAAUUACCGGCAUUAGCUUGUUUGAAACUAAUUUUGUAUAUAUUUUCUCAAGCCUUAUAACUUUAGGAGACGAUGAAAUGGUAGAGUGACUGAAUAUAAAGAGCUAAGAAAGAGUUAACAGGCGAGGGAAGGACCAGCUUCAACGUCAGUCAUAUAUUGAGACACAGGAUGAACCAGGCAGCCUCACUACAGGUCGAGGCAGCGUCCAGGUCUACUCGUUAAUGUCUCGGGACGAUCACGCUGACGGCGAAGCUUUACAGGAGAGAACAGGCGGCAGAGGUGAACAAAGGCCCACUCAAAAGCUCAAACCUCUAAUAUUUACUAAUCAGUCUACAGCGUCAACCUCGGGGUCUGACGUUGAAGCGCGAGUGAAUAUAAAGUGUCAAUAAUGUGUUGAGUGACGGCGGUAACAACACUCCGCGGGUCUGUGUCGUGUUGAGUGACGGUGGUAACGACACUCCGCGGGUCUGUGUCGUGUUGAGUGACGGCGGUAACAAUACUCUACGGGUCUGUGUUGUGUUGAGUGACGGCGGUAACAAUACUCCACGGGUCUGUGUAGUGUUGAGUGACGGAGGUAACAACACUCCGCGGGUCAAUGGCUCAGUAUGAACUCCAUGAGUGAAUGUUUCUUUGUGGUAAGUGAUAGUAAGGUGGCUGCAAGCUCACAGCAGUGAGGGACGGGCUGUGAUAACCACCACAGUCAUGGCAUCGUUCCUGCAAUAUGCCCUGUCGCCGUUCCCCCGGCGACGUUCACGUAAGGCAGAACGUUCCUCGACGUCGUCACAGGACACUGUUACGAGUACACCACCACCGUCCUCCCCAGCCCCUAAGACACGGUCGGUGGGGAUCCAGACUCCUGUACUACAGCGUCGGAUGCUGAUGGGAGACGCCCCCUCCACCCCUGGCUCUCUCAGGCGCCUCAAGGAGAAGACUCGUGGGGCGUGGCAAGCGUCACCACUGCUGGGCCGGAGGGCGUCCCAGGACACACUGAGGGAGGGCAGCAUCACUCCUGUCCUUCCCAGGAAAGCCUCCUCCCCGCCCCCUGACCCUCUACACUCACCGCCAACCUCCCGCAGACACGCAUCCCCGCCGGCUACCUCCUCCCUGGCCUCCCUCAGUAGCCAUGAACCGCCGCCCACGCCUCCGUCCUCCUGUAACUCCUCCUACCACUUCGACCCCCCAGGCACGCCCUCCUCCACCCGCCGCUGCCCAUCCACUACUACCCUGGACAGUGAGGGUGCCCACGUGGUGCAUUUGGGCGCCGCUGGGAUGGGCGUGAGCGGGGUGAGGGCUUGGGAGAGAGAGGUAAUGCUCCGGGAGGUGGGCGGCGGUCGACGGCAGGUGAUGAGGGAGAGCGUUAGGAUGUCACAGUGUGUGGUGUGGGAAUGUUUACCUUUUCCCGGCAAGAGGAAGAACCAGCACAAAGGUUGGAUGUCUAGGCCCACCACUCAUACCCACACCCCCGCCCACACUCCACAUUCACACCCCGCUCUCAUUUUCCCCCACCACUUCCUUGGGGUGCACCUGAUCCUUGAUUAUGGAAGGACAUGCAAUAAGCAGUCUAAAACCUUUAAUGAAGUAAUCCUUAGUACUAGCAAGAGUAACUGA